CGUUUUGAGUCGUAACUAUUUCCAUUUCUGAUAAUUUUUUCUCGGGGCAUAGCUAUAGACGAUUUAGCAAUGAUUUAUUCUGAGUUUUUCUUCAUUAAUUUUAUGGUAGAUUGAUCUGUUCUUGCUCCAUGGUCAUGUGAUCUGAUGUGUCGAUCGAUUUUAUAAUUUGCUCCGGUUCUUGGAAAAAAAAUUCUAGGCGAGUGUUGAACGUUCAUUGAUACUGGAUCUGAUUAAUCGAUGAAAUUGAAAUCCAAGAAGGAUUAUGAUAGUAUACGGAACUCAGGAUUUUGGUCCCAUGCAGAUUUUCGUGAAAACCUUGACUGGCAAGACUAUCACCCUCGAGGUGGAAAGCUCCGAUACCAUUGACAACGUAAAGGCUAAAAUUCAAGAUAAGGAAGGGAUUCCUCCAGACCAACAAAGACUAAUUUUUGCUGGUAAGCAACUCGAGGAUGGCCGUACCCUGGCAGAUUACAACAUCCAGAAGGAGUCCACCCUUCAUUUGGUCCUCAGAUUGAGGGGAGGAAUGCAAAUUUUUGUUAAGACUCUGACAGGCAAGACCAUCACUCUUGAGGUCGAGAGCUCUGACACUAUUGACAACGUUAAAGCCAAGAUCCAGGACAAAGAAGGUAUUCCCCCAGACCAGCAAAGAUUGAUUUUUGCAGGCAAGCAGCUGGAGGAUGGCCGGACUCUAGCAGAUUACAACAUUCAGAAGGAGAGCACUCUUCACUUGGUGCUUAGGCUAAGGGGAGGAAUGCAGAUCUUUGUCAAAACUCUGACCGGCAAGACCAUUACUCUUGAGGUGGAAAGCUCAGACACAAUUGACAACGUUAAGGCCAAGAUCCAGGAUAAGGAGGGCAUACCACCGGAUCAGCAGAGGCUCAUCUUCGCUGGAAAACAGCUUGAGGAUGGUCGUACUCUGGCAGACUACAACAUCCAGAAAGAAUCCACCCUUCACUUGGUUCUGAGGCUCCGUGGAGGUAUGCAAAUUUUUGUGAAGACCUUGACAGGCAAGACAAUCACCUUGGAGGUGGAGAGCUCAGACACCAUUGACAACGUUAAGGCCAAAAUCCAGGAUAAGGAGGGCAUCCCACCGGAUCAGCAAAGGCUUAUCUUCGCUGGGAAACAGCUUGAGGAUGGCCGCACUUUGGCAGACUACAACAUUCAGAAGGAAUCCACCCUUCACUUGGUUCUGAGGCUCCGUGGAGGUAUGCAAAUUUUUGUCAAGACCUUGACUGGCAAGACUAUUACCUUGGAGGUGGAGAGCUCAGACACCAUUGAUAAUGUCAAGGCAAAGAUCCAGGAUAAGGAGGGUAUUCCACCAGACCAACAGAGGCUUAUCUUCGCUGGGAAGCAGCUUGAGGAUGGCCGUACCUUGGCGGACUACAACAUCCAGAAAGAGUCUACUCUGCACUUGGUGCUUAGGUUGAGGGGAGGUAUGCAAAUAUUUGUCAAGACUUUGACUGGGAAGACCAUCACUCUGGAGGUUGAAAGCUCGGAUACUAUUGACAAUGUGAAGGCCAAGAUUCAGGACAAAGAAGGUAUUCCACCAGACCAGCAGCGGUUGAUCUUUGCUGGGAAGCAGUUGGAGGACGGAAGGACCCUGGCUGACUACAACAUCCAGAAGGAGUCUACCCUUCAUCUUGUACUCCGCCUCCGUGGUGGUUUCUAAAUGUUAUGCUGAUAAUAGUCUGCAAGUGAUGCUGUGUGAUCUACAGUGUGGUUAACACACUGUUCUAUGGUUGUUUUUAGCCAUUUUUGAAUGGCUUAUGUGAAAUUUUCAAUAUUAGAUGUUCUUGUUGCAAUGAAAGUUCCAAGGGGUUCCCCCCAUUUAUGAAUAAAAGUUAGUUUUGUGCA